CAGGUCCAAAGGUCGUUUUACAACGUCACUUUUUCCCUCUUGUUUUGUUUCCCGCCAAUCGUCGGCUUCUAUUUUGGAUGCUUGCAUUCGGCAGCAUCAUAAUCAAAACAAAACAGAAAAAGAAAAUUAUUGCAAAAAUCGUUUGCUAAUAUUCUUUUUGUUUUGGUUCAUGUAAAACAACAAAACAUUAAACAUCUCGUUUCGUUGAUACCAACAAACACGUCGUCGUUGUUAUUUCUUAGUUUGGUGUGCUUUACUACGUAAAGCAAAGACCGCAAUAUUAUUCUUUUUGUUUGGUCUGUCCGCUGUAAUAUUGCAAAUUGUUGUUACAUUUAUUCUUUUCUCUUGUUGUAACAACAGUCACAUUUCAAAUCGCAAACAACAACAACACUGUUUAAACCCCCACCGCUGUUCGCUUGCUUUGUCGUCGUUCUCUGAUCAGCACUUGUUGUUUGUGCUUUGUUAGAUCAGUGAACGAACAUAACAAACGAAAGAAGAAUAUUUUUGUUGAUUCCUCUUUCUGUCGUGUCCGUUUAGGUUGAGUAGCUACACCACGUUGGUCGGUCACUUUUGUUAGUUACAUUGUUUGUUAUAGGACAUCGGAAAGUUAAAACUAAAAUAAAAUAAUAUAGUUAAUUUUAUUUUUUGUUGUUGUUUUGGAAAUUUAAAAAUUAAUACAACCCAUAGACUGUAAUUCUGGAAAAUUAAAUAAAUAAAAAUAAAAUAGUUAUUUUAUUUAUUUUUGUAUUUUUCCCCAAAUUGGUUCAGUGUUUUUUGCGAUAAUUAUGGCCUUCGCUCCUCUACAAAAUUUCAUAAGAGACUCAGACGCUCUGAUAGAAUUUGGUGCACAAAUCGGUGCAGUAGAUGAUGGUAUAGAUAUUAGUUUUUUAGAGGAAAGGAAGAGCAAGUUAGAAAAACUAUGGCAAUCGGUAAAUAAAUCGUUGCGUAUCUUAGAAAAUUCGGAAAAUGUAGCAAAAGAACAUCUGCAUUUGGCAGAAAAUAAACACAACGCUUCUUUAAACAUUUAUUCAAGCACUAUGGCCACAAUUAAUAGAAAAAUUAUCAAAUAUCGGUGCAUAACAAGAAAUUCGAUUAAAAUUGCGGAUAAAAAUCAAGAGCAAUCGGCUCAAUUACUUUUGGCUCCUGAAUCGCAGGAUAAUAUGGCGACAAUUAAUUCUUCUGGUUGUGAUAUCGUUCACAAUAUAGCAUUGCCCCCAAUUGAUAUUGAAAUUUUUGAAGGAGAUUUUUCUACUUGGCCUUCCUUUCGGGAUUUGUUUAGCGCCAUUUAUAUAAAUAACUCUCGCUUGAGUGAUGUGCAGCGCCUGUAUUACUUGCUGCAAAAGACUGCUGGUGAUGCAAGGGAAAUAGUUUCGCAAUUUCCUUUAACAAAUCGUGGAUUCGUUUUCGCUUGGAAAGCAUUAAAUGAUGAGUACGACAAUAUUCGAAUUUUGGUACAUCAUCAGUUGUCGUCGCUAUUUUGUCUUCCGGUUCUCGACAAGGAAACAAUCUCUGGUUUGAAAGAGAUUAGAUGUGGAAUUAAUCGUUGUAUCUCCUCAAUGUCGACCUAUAACGUUCCCACAGAUCAAUGGGAUCCGAUACUGGUAUAUCUUUGCCUUCAACGUUUACCGAAAGAAACGCAAAUGAUGUGGGAACAAGGUAUUAAAAACAAAGCGGCUCUUUCUUCGUGGAAAGAUUUAGACACCUUCCUUUCAGAAAGGAUAAACACGCUUGUGUGUUUGAAAAGUUAUCAAGAGAAAUCGAUUCCUUCGCCUAGUUCAGAUUCGUUAAUUACUGCUAGGAAUUCCCAUUCCAAAUGUUCAUCUUCCCCUUCAAUUGGAAAAACGUGUUCUCUUUGUAGUCAGAAAAUCCAUCGGCUUCAUUUGUGUUCAAAGUUUAAGAAUUUAUCCCCCGCAAAUAGGUUUGCAUUCGUAAAGCGCAACGACCAUUGCAUAAAUUGUUUGGUAAAGGGACAUAAACUAGUAAAUUGUACUAGUAAAAAUAGUUGUUUGAAAUGUGGUCAACGUCAUCACAUGUUAUUACAUCGCGAGUCAGUAAAACCGAAUAGUUCGAUUCCGGUUUUGACUCCAAAAGCUCAGGCAAAAUCGUUGUUGUCAGCUGCAGCCCCAGCUUUUCGUCCCUCAAAAUGUACAUUCUCCACAUCGGUUGAGGUCCAAAAUAAAAAAUCGGAAAUGGUUCGUUUAAAAUCACUUCACCAAAUGUCGAAAGGGGACUUAAUUAAAUUUAUAAGAACAAAUUUAUUCAAUGGAAAUAAUAAAAAGAAGUUUAAAUUUGAAAACAAUGUUGUAAAGCGACCUUCGCGUAAAAUCGGUCUCACGACAGCUGGCGGUUUAUAUACCGGCAUUGGCACAGGGUCUCAAUUGGAACCCCCCUCGAAUAUCGUUUCGAGAAACACAUAGCUCGAUUGAAGUCCGAAUCUGUAACUGCAGAUUCAUCUGCGGCUUCAUAUUAUCGUUGUAGCGGAGAUGGAUCCCGAAUCUGUUACUGCCGAUUCAUCUGCGUUUCCAUUCCCUACAUUUAGUUCGAGAAAAAAAAGCUCACACUGCACUAUACAACCCGUACCUACUACUGGAUCUUAUAUAGAUUAAGUUAAUUGUGUUGAAACAUGCUUUGAUGUUUCAAGGGGGUCGGCAUGUUUAAUUUAGAAUUGCAUAAAAUAUUGCUAUUUAUUGACCCCUGGUUUGGUCCUUAAUUAGUCGUUAAAAUGUACGCGCUACGGUUUAUUGCAACCUUGUGCUAGCGCCUUUGACAUUUUAACUACUAAUUAUUUGUUACUUGUUUUGCCGCCUCCUUUAGACAUCAAGGAGUAUUUCGCUGUCAUUCGGACAGACAACACCCGCAAUAUCGUUUGCAGCACAUAUCGUUGUGCAUAGAAAGGCAUAUUGUUGC